AUGGACAUCAACGAAGAUAAAAUAAAACAGGAAGUCAGCAGCUUUGUCAGCUCACUUCAAAGACUACUUCCUAGGAAAAAGGAAUUUCAUUUUCUGGAACCGCAGAAAUCGAAUUUAACAAGACUUAGUGACAUACAUGCUGAAGCCAAAAAUACUUUCCCCAAGUGCUUCAUUGGUGCCAAGAUAGUUAUUCUCAGAGAUAUCAUGGAUAGGGUCAAACUUGUUCAACAAUAUAACUAUGGAAGAUCGAAGGAGAUACAUAAGUGUUUUUCACAGCUAAUUCAUAAAGAAAUGGAACCGAAGACGACAAACGAAGGUUUGUUUAUAGAUUCUUCUGGAUCAGCAACUGCUACAUACAAAGAGGUCCUAGACGGGCCGUACGAAAUGCGUUUAACAUCAAGAAUAAAAGAUUUGGUAUCAUCAGAAACUGAAAUUGUUUUUGAGAAAGAAAAUGACCAAUCUGUUGGUUCUUUCUCAUGUUUUGUAAAGGAUGUGGAUCCAAAUACACUUAGGCUCAUUACCCAGUGGGUGUACAAAGUAAUACCAGAUUUAAGUAUUGGGACUGAAAUUGGUUUCAGACCGCUAGCGUACCCACCAACACCAGACUUCUCAAUCAGCGCCAGAUAUGAAAGACCGACCUAUACGUUAUCUUCAACUAUCAGCAAGAUUGGUUUUCAGGUGUGUCUUUACAAGCAGUUCUCCCCUGAUUUGCGAUUAGGUACGAUAAUAAGCGAAGGUGCAAGAAGCGGGCAGGUGACGUUAAGUUUGGCAUUACAGAAGAAUUACAGUAAUGGCUCGGAGCUGAAGAUAUUUGUGGAUUCGCAGCGUUGUGGAGGAUUCACCUUCCAAAAAGACGUUGUGUUCAACGAGGUGCAUAAUGAGAUACGAGUGUUGCGCCUCAUAGGAAGCACUUUGAUUGACAGACAAAGGCGGGUUAGGUUCGGAGUCGGAUUCAAUUUAGACUUCUGA